AUGGAAUCACGACUGCUUCACGCUCAACGCAACUCUGAAACAAAGUCCUGUGUCGGAGCUCCGCGGCGUUUAAAGCCAACAAACAAUGGUAGGAUGCUGUGUGUUGACUGAUGCUGUCAUUUUGGCUAAUGUCUUCUUUUUUUUAUUCCAUGGAAGAAAGAAAGUCAUAGGAGUUUGGAACAACAUACGGCUAAAAUGGAGAGCCUGUUACACUACUGUAACCCUGCCCAUGGUAUUUCACUGCUGGGUGCCCUCAACGAGCAGAGAUUAAGUGGCCAACUCUGUGAUGUCAUCUUGUUAGUUGGUGAUCAACAGUUCCAGGCCCACAAAAGCGUCCUUGCAUCCUGUAGUGAGUAUUUCCAGUCUGUAUUCUCCCGGAAGGACUCAGAGAACCGUUGCAUCAUUCAGCUUAACUUCUGCGAGCCUGAUGCUUUUGAGAUUGUUCUAAACUACAUCUACUCAUCAUCUCUGUUUGUGGAGAAAUGCAGCUUGGCGGUUAUACAGGAGCUAGGAUAUAGCCUUGGCAUUCCCUUUCUAACCAGCAUCAUGUCCACAAGACCUCAGGCAUCAUACUGUGUGUCAAGAAAACGCAUGUCAUUGUCAGACGAGGAUAAUGGUGCUUAUCAAAAGAGAAGUGUUAUUGUACAUCAAGGUGAUCAGCCUUGCAUGGAUGUGUUUUCUAGAAGUCAUCAGGGAAGGCCAAUUAAACAGGCCACAGCCUUGAUCCCAGAGAAGCCCUCACUCGCACACGAUUUCAGUGAUCAGAGUCACUCGGGACAUGUCAAGCAGAAUGAAAAAGAUUCUGACAGUACCUCUGUUAGCAGAAAUUCAAACAAAAACCCAGUGGGUGGCGACUGUAGAUCUAUCAUCUCCUCUCCAACAUCCAUAUUGAGACGUCGAACUGAAUACCGACCACCAUCUAUGCGUCCACAACUUACAUCCUCAGUUUCUUUUAGUGAGUCCGUACAGCAUUCAAGUUUACAGUCGGAGCAACCUGAGGACUCAAUAGUAGACCGAAUUGAGUUUUUGCAUGAUCUGAAACCAGCAGGAGAACAUCAAGGUCCACGCAACCAAACCGUAGACCGCAGUGGGCCACUUAUUAAAAGUCUGCUACGCAGAUCCUUGUCCAUGGAUAGUCCGGUUCCUGUUUUCUCUCCAGCUCUGGAGCUAAAGGACUCACAAAGUAGGGAACAGUCUUUGGUGAAGUUAACGAUGCCGACAGGAAGAUCACCAUCGCCUGAAAGCGAGGAUGGGGUGUUGAACGAUAUGCCUCUUAUUCUCCGGUCGAGACAACGAAGCAUGUAUGAAAUGGAAGGAACUCAGACGACUCCACAUAGAAUAAAAGCAGAGCCCAGCAGUCCUCUCGCAGACCCUUCAAAAAUCGUUCGCAUCACUGUUGGAGAUAAUUUUCCUGUCAAUUUUAAAGACUUUCAGGCCAACUAUGACGAAGGCCCCAGAGGAUAUUUCACUCCCUCGAUGAAGAGGAAGAGUAAGAUGGGUGGAGGGUAUAUGCCCUUUAAAAGAACCAGGCCUGUUAAUGAACAUCGCAUCUCACAUCAGGACCGUACAUUCAGUGAGGUGCCUUACAAUUCCAACAAUGAGAAAAGCAAUGAGGAACCUGGAGAACUUAGGCCAAACAAAAUGUUCAAAUGCUGGAACUGCCUGAAGGUUUUCAGGUCAAAUGCGGGUCUGUAUCGCCACGUGAACAUGUAUCACAACCCAGAGAAGCCGUAUGCUUGUGAAAUCUGUCACAAACGCUUUCACACCAACUUCAAAGUCUGGACUCAUUGCCAAACUCAGCAUGGUGUGGUGCAAAAUCCUGCACCCUCUUCCAGUUCCUAUUCUGUUCUGGAUGAGAAAUUUCAAAGGAAACUGAUCGAUAUUGUCAGAGAACGUGAGAUAAAGAAGGCUUUAAUCAUGAAGCUCAGGAGAACCAAGCAAGGCCUGCAGUCGCAACCUUUUGGCAGGAAAUCAAGGCGAUCAAAGUCAUAUGGAUGCCCGUUUUGUGGCAAAAUGUUCCAUUUUCAGUCACAAUUAAAGCUGCACAUGAAGGGACACUCUGCUGAGACUGCCAGCCUUGACCCAGAUGCUGAGAGAGACCUUCAAUACAAACCGCAGCAGUUGGCUCAUCUUAAAGAGAACCAAGACAAGGAUGUCUUUUCUUGCCGGCUCUGCAAUGAGAAACUGCCCUCUCUAAAUGAGUUGGAAGACCAUGAGAGGGCCUGCAGGUAUUCUACUGUUUGCCCAUUUUGUGGCCUUCGAUUUUCCAACACGCUUGUCAAGAAUGACCAUGAAGCACACUGCAAGUACAAAAAGCUGACCUGCCUUGAAUGUAUGCGCACGUUUAAGUCCUCUUUCAGUAUAUGGCGCCAUCAGGUCGAAGUUCACAAUCAGAAUAUGAUGACUGUGAAAGAGCAGCUGACUCUUGGUCUCCAAGAGAGCAAUCACAAUGAAUCAUCCGAUGGUCUUAGAGUUCCAACUCCUCAAGAGUCAAUGCAUGAUACCAGAGAGGAAGUGGUGUACAGCGACUCAUCAGUUCCACCCAUGUUUGAUUCUGAAGACUCAUCUUAUGUCCCUGAGGACUUAAGUCAGGGAGAGCUGAAAGUGAAAGAGGAACCUCAAGAGGAAGCAGUCUCAGCCAAGGAUAACGUAAGUGCAACCUGUAUUGGAUCUGAGGAGCCAGGUGUGUGGCCAUGUGAAAAGUGUGGUAAGCUUUUCAGCUCCCACAAAGACCUGGAACGACAUCAAGAACUGCUUUGCCACAUCAAACCCUUCAUCUGUCACAUAUGUCACAAAGCAUUCAGGACCAACUUCCGUCUUUGGAGCCACUACCAGUCCCAUAUGUCGGCAUCUGAAGAACCAGGGAUGAGAGAGAAUGAUAGACUUCCAUCUUCUCCGUCUCCUUCCCCACCUCUCACAAUUGCUAUCUCUGAACCUCCAACUUCUCAAGCAUCUCCUCUCAAAGGAAGCCAAUCUGGGGUGGCUGACUCCGAGGAGGAGCCCAGAGGCUCUAUGUCACCAUCAACCAAACUCAAGAAGCCAGACCAGGACAAGGCUGGUGAUGAUGAACCCAGAGAACAUACUCCUGCCAAGUCCGACAGCACAGACAAAGCCAUUACCCCUCAGGAAUCCGACACACUAUUUUACCAUGCCCCAACGCUCUCUGCACUUACCUUUAAAAGGCAGUACAUGUGUAAAUUCUGUCACAGGACAUUUAAGACUGCAUUCAGUCUAUGGAGUCAUGAACAGAGCCAUACAUAAGAGCUCUAAACGCAGAGUUGCACUUUUGCCAUAGUUUCUGAUUUGUAGCCCUAACCAUUGGAAUUCACUAAUUGAAAGGAAUACUUCACCAAAUUUAUAAUUAUGUCAUCUUUUACUCCGAGCUGUAUUAUAUUCUCAGUGACCUAACUUAUUGCAGAGUGCAUAAUAUUUCCAUACAAUGUAAAUGUUGAAACAGGCUAACAUUUUUCCUGUUCCACGGAACAAAAAAAAAACUCAUAACUGGUUUGGAACAACAUGACAUUGAUGAAAUGUCAUGAAAUAAUUUUCAGUUUUGCCUGACCUAUCCCUUUAAUGGACUUAUUUUCCUGACACUGUCUCCUUAAAAUCACAUGAAUUAUAUUGGGAUAUACUUCUUUCAGGUUGGUCAAACCCAGGGAUUUAUUAAUGGCUUUUGAUCAUUGUUAAUAUUACAUAUUUCAGUUAACAGUAUUCAGAUUGUUAAGUUGAAUGCAUCUUUGACUGCGUUUCCAAGAGAUGCAUAAUUUCCCUGUGUUAUCUAUUUAUUAUUAUUAUUAUUAUUAUUGUAUUACAUUUACUUUUCUGGCACUAAUUAUCACGAAAGAGAGACUGUUUGGCCUAUUGCUAACAAAAACCCAACGAUUACUUUUUGUUUUGUAGAAGACAUACCAAUAAUCCUCCUCUCUUGUUUUAGUGGCCUUUUUGAUGUUAUUUAGCACCUUCAAGCAAUUCCAAAUAGUUUUUUUCUCUAUUAAAGCACUGGAUGGUGCAGACAGAAAUGGCUCCUAUGCAGCAUUUCAAUUACAAGUCAGCCAAAAAUUCAAUCAUUAAGUUACUGAAUCACCAAUCAUCAGUCUUAGCCACGAACCUUAUUGGACUUUUUCUAACAAAACAAAAAAAAAUUACAUUUCAUAUCUAAUACCCCACCCCCAAUCCAGUUUCAUUUUAUUCCCUCUUUUCUGGCCUAAAAUUUUAUAUUUUGUUUAAAAGAGGAAGUUUAUUUUGCCUUAAAGUUAAGAAAAAAAGUUUUAGGAAUAAAACCAUUUUAACAAUUGUGUUACAUGCAAAAGCUAAUAAUCAUAAAUUGUUACAUUGAUCAUUGAAGUUAAUAGAGGUUAUGAUAUGAAACCACAUAAAAGCAAUCCUGAAAAGCAGACUUAACUGGCAGAUAUUAAACUUCAUAAUUAACUUUGUGAAUAUUCAUAGUCGUGAUGAACUCAUGUUUAUAAUUUAAUUUAAACAUUGCAAGUUAAGAUGUAUUUUUCAUUUUAUAAGUAUUCUGUUAAUAUGUGUUUCUAGCAGUUAUGUAGAAUUUCAUGGUAUUUUCAUUUAGAGGUUGUGAAAAAUAUUAAAUGAUUGUAUUGAACAAAUAGAAGGCUUUAUAUGUACAAAUUGCAGGUUUGGAGUGAUGUUCUAAAAGCAGUUAUUGUGUGCCUGAAAUGUGGAUCUUCUCAUAUUUUUGUUGUACAGGAGAUGCAGUAUAUGUGGGAAAUAAUUAAUGGUUAUAUUAGAAAAAAUUGUAUGAGCCUUAGGAUUUUCACACUGUUUCAGUACUGUAUCAGUACAUUGUGAGCUUACAGUGUAUGCUUAUCUUACCUGAACUCAGUACUCAGUGAUUAAUGAAGUCUUUGAUGCAAUGACGUUGAAUGGUUGGACAUUUCUGAUGUUCAGUAGACCUUAUGUGUGACAGUAUCACCCAGAGGAGACUUUUAUUAUGAAAUGUUAAAGCACAAUAGCAGUAAUCUUAUUCCUUUUUCUCAUAUUUUGCAAGUGUUUGAAAUGCUUCCCUUACAUUAGGGGAUGUUUGGCUUAGCCAGCUUGUGGCCUUUGUUAAGCACAAAAAAUCAUAAUAUACAGUUGAAGUCAGAAGUUUACAUACGCCUUAGCCAAAUAGAUUUAAACACAAUUCCUGACAUUUAAUCGUAGAAAACAUUCCCUGUCUUGGGUCAGUUCAGAUCUCUACUUUAUUUUAAGAAUAUGAAAUGUCAGAAUAAUAGUAGAUAAUUAUUUAUUUCAGCUUUUAUUUCUUUCAUCACAUUCCCAGUGGGUCAGAAGUUUACAUACAAUUUGUUAUUAUUUGGUAGAAUUAACAUUACAUUGUUUAACUUGGGCAUUUUGGGUAGCCUUCCACAAGCUUCUCACUAUAAGUUUGUGGAAUUUUGGCCCAUUCCUCCAGACAGAACUGGUGAAACUGUGUCAGGUUUGUAGGUCUCCUUGCUCGCACAUGCUUUUUUUAGUUCUGGCUUUGUGAUGGCCACUCCAGUACGUUGACUUUGUUGUACUUAAGCCAUUUUGCCACAACUUUGGAGGUAUAAUUUGGGUCAUUGUCCAUUUGGAAGACCCAUUUACGACCAAGCUUUAACUUCCUGGCUGAUGUCUUGAGAUGUUGCUUCAAUAUAUCCACAUAAUAUUCCUUUCUCAUGAUGCCAUCUAUUUUGUGAAGUGCACCAGUCCCUCCUGCAGCAAAGCACACACAACAUGAUGCUGCCUCUCCCAUGUUUCACGGUUGGGAUGGUGUUCUUUGGCUUUCAUGCCUCACCCUUUGUCCUCUAAACAUAACGAUGGUCAUUAUUGCCAAAAAGUUCCAUUUUUGUUUUAUCAGAGGAAAUCCAAGAAGUACGAUAUUUGUCCCCGUGUGCACUUGCAAACUGUAGUCUGGCUUUUUUUUAUGGCGAUUUUGGAGCAUUGGCUUCUUUCUUGCUGAGCAGCCUUUCAGGUUGUGUCAAUAUAGGACUCGUUUUACUGUUGAUGUAGAUACUUGUCAACUGUUUCCUUCAGCAUCUUCACAAGUUCUGGGAUUGAUUUGCACUUUUUGCACAAAACUACGUUCAUCUCUUUGAGGCAGAAUGUGUCUCCUUCCUGAGUGGUAUGAUGGCUGCGUGGUCCCAUGGUGUUUAUACUUGCGUACUAUUGUUUGUACUGAUGAACGUGGUACUUUCGGGCAUUUGGAUAUUGCUCCGAAGGAUGAACCAGACUUGUGAAGGUCCACAAUUAGUCCUGGCUGAUUUCUUUUAUUUUCUCAUAAUGUCAAGCAAAGAGGGACAGAGUUUGAUGGGAGGCAUUAAAAUACAGCCAUAGGUGUCCAAUUCAGUACUCCUCCGAUCAGAAGCUAAUUGGCUGAUUGCCAAAAGGCUUGACAUCAUUUUCUGGAAUUUUCCAAGCUGCUUAUAGGCACAGUUAACUUGUAUGUAAACUUCUGACCCACUGGAAUUAUGAGAUAGUUAAUGAAAAGUGAAACAAUCUGUCUGUAAACAAUUUGUUGGAAAAAUUACUCGUCUUGCACAAAGUUGAUGUUCUAAACGACUUGCCAAAACUACAGUUUGCUUAUAUUAAAUCUGUGGAGCGAUUGAUAAAUGAGUUUUAAUUACGUUACCCUAAGUGUAUGUAAACUUCUGACUUCAACUGUAAAUUGGUUGCUUGCUCUUUGCUAUUCCCAUUAGCUAUUGUCAUGUAUUUUAAGUUUUGAUGGAUAGUAAAUCAUUGCUAUGGUAUUUUCCCCAAAGCAUUGAUAAUAUAGUAAGUUGGCUAUUUCGCAGGAGAGAAAUAUAUGGUUUAUUUUGCAUUUUUAUUUGUCCCCAAUAUUAAAUUGUACUAAAUGUCAGCUUUUUGUUUAGGAUGAGAACUAAACCAUACUAAUAGAGGAUCAAUAUGUGCCCUGAUAAUAAAUAUUAUAACGUCAGUAAUUUACACUUUUCCACUUAAAGAUAUAGUUUGUCCAAAGAGAAAAAAAAAUCAUUUUAGUCACCCUCAUAUUGUUUCAAAUUUGAAUGGCUUUCUUGUGUUGAACACAAAAGGAGAUGUUAGGCAAAAUGGUAGCAUCAGUCAAUAUUCACUUUUAUUAUAUGGGGAAAAAGGCUUAAUGAAAGUAAAUGGUAUCUGAGGUUGACAUUCAGCUUAAAAUAUCUAGAAAAAAGAAAGUCAGCAUUGAACAUACGGGCAAGUAAAUUUAUGUCAAUAUUUUUCAUUUUUGGGUGAACUAUCCAUUAAAUAUGGUCAAUUGAAAGAUGGAAUGAUAUUGAAUGAACAGGGAUGAAAGAACAUUUUAAUCUUCAAAACACAUUUUUGUGGUCUUUCUUUGCCUUUGUAUGAUAUUUUCUCUGUUUUAUUACAAGUAUAUCUUUUUGGUAAUCCUGUGGUAACACUGCAAUAAUAUUCAUAAGCACUUGAAUUGUUCUAAUGUGGCUUUAAAAACUGUAUCAGUUUUUGUGUUUAAGCAUUUUUCUACUGUUUUCUGUGCUUGCUUUCUAAAAUAAAUAUCAAUAAU